AUGUCCUCCUCCUCCCGUUCCACCUCGCCUAGUUCGAAUGUCAGACCCCUCCCCCUCACAUCGCACCGUAGACAGUCAUCCACCAAUGCAACUGAUGAUUCACCUCUGCCACACUCGCCCACGCCAUCAAACCUAGGCGGGUCACCUACGCCUAGCUCCGGCACGAGCAGUACACCCGGCACAAAAAAGCGUCAUGUCUGCUCAGCCUGCCAAAAAUCAUUUACCACAAGUGGUCAUCUCUCGCGGCACACACGCGUGCACACGGGAGAGCGUAACCACAAAUGUCCUUUCCCUGGCUGCGAGACGCGUUGCUCGAGGCAAGACAAUCUUCAACAACAGUGA